CUUUUUUUUUUGUUCCUGCCUGUGUCUGCCGUAUUGUCUUUGCUCGUUCGACUCUUAAGACAAGGCAUUCUCUCUCUCUCUUCACUUACCAUUGCGUUAAAGUGUUCAUCCUCAUAGGGACAUCCCCGCGCGCACACUCUCUUUCUCUCACCCACUCAUUUGCUGAUUCUUCCCCCUUUUGUCCCCUGUUUCCAUUGUCAUAUACAAGCCAACGCAGCCCCGGAAGAGGGAAAACCUGGAAGACCCAUCUGGUGUUUAGCCUCUCUUUGCAGCUGUUUCUGGGCUUUUUUCGGUAUUUGUCCCAAAAACUGCCUCAUACAAGAAGGGGACGCAAAUCCAAGUUUUUCCCCCCCUGUUAAGGAGUUGUGCCAUUGAGAGGGAGCGAGAAAGCAUCUGAAGGAGCUCUUGGCACCUGUGUUUCUGAUUAACUUUGAUGAUUCCAAGCAAAAGCCAGAGGAGGAGAGAGAGCAGAGCACACUGCACGGCUGCAUGAACUGUUGUGAUACAAUGACAGAUGACAACUCCCAGAAAAGCAAGGUCUCAUGGUCAAAGAGGAUGGCCAGGAAGCUGUUCAACGUCAAGUGCAAGCCUGAGGACUUUCAGGCAGAUGAAAUGGUUUCUGCAGGAGGUGAUGUUGAGUUCCGGACCAGCAUAUCGGGGAGAGAACCGGGCACAAUUAAGAAAAGCAGAACAGAGAAGUCCAGCAAGAACACGGAGCAGCAUCGGAGAAGGAGAAUGAAUCUCGAUAAUCCACGAGUUAUAGAUGUGCACAACUACAGCAUUUUUGUGGCCACAUGGAACGUAGCAGGAAGAUCACCACCUCAGAAUCUAAACCUAGAUGAAUGGCUUCAUGCAUCUCCUCCAGCUGACAUUUAUGUACUCGGAUUCCAAGAAAUAGUUCCUUUGAAUGCUGGUAACAUUCUGGGAGCAGAAGACAGCGGUCCGGCCAAGAAGUGGCUGGCUCUUAUCCGUAAAUCUCUAAACAAUCUACCAGGAACCAGUGGAGGCAAUUUUUGCUACACCCCGUCUCCAAUCCCUCAACCAGUCGCAGAAAUUAACGCAGACUUCGAGGCAUCGGUGAGGCGCAGGGCCUCGACUCUCUUCCCUCGCCGAUCAUUCCAAACAACCCCCAGUUGGAGAGAUAACGACCCUUCGAUUGGCCAGCCGCGGCUUGAUCGGCGGUAUAGUGUUUGUGACAGGGUGUAUUGGGGUCAUAGGGCGAGUGAUUUUGACCCCAGUUUUAGAUGGGGCCAGAGGCCAAGCGAUUAUUCCCGGCCAAGUGAUUAUUCCCACCGGAGCGAUUAUUCCCGACGGAGCGAUUCCCGACGGAGUGAUUCCCGACGGAGCGAUUCCCGACGGAGCGAUUCCCGACGGAGUGAUUCCCGACGGAGUGAUUAUUCUCGGCGGAGUGAUUACCUAGUUUCCCGGCCUAGUGAUUUCUCAAGAUGGGGUUCGUCGGACGAUGACAAUGGGCUCGGACCCGAAGAUUCGCCAAGCACGGUGUUGCAUUCACCGAUGUCUUACGGGGGGUUUCCAUCAACUGAAAAUGGUUAUAGGACAAGAGGGAGUUCAAGAUAUGGCUUAGUUGCGAGCAAGCAAAUGGUCGGCAUCUUCUUGACGGUGUGGGUGAAGAGUGAACUGAGGGACCACGUUCAGAACAUGAAGGUCUCUUGCGUUGGUAGAGGAUUGAUGGGCUACCUGGGAAAUAAGGGAUCUAUUUCCAUAAGCAUGCUGUUGCACCAAACAAGCUUUUGUUUCAUAUGUAGUCAUCUAACGUCGGGCCAGAAAGGGGGUGAUGAGCUGAGAAGGAACGCUGAUGUUAUGGAAAUUCUUAAGAAGACAAGGUUUCCCAAAGUUAACAGUGCCGGGGCUGACAAGUCCCCAGAAACCAUUCUUGAGCAUGACCGGGUUAUUUGGCUUGGGGAUUUGAACUAUCGUAUUGCCAUCUCUUAUCGAUCUGCCAAGGCACUUGUGGAGAUGCAGAAUUGGAGGGCGCUUUUGGAGAAUGAUCAGUUACGGAUUGAACAGAGGCGAGGCCGGGUCUUUGUGGGGUGGAAUGAAGGGAAAAUUUAUUUUCCACCAACAUACAAGUACUCCACCAAUUCAGACAGAUACGCAGGGGAUGAUAUGCAUCCACGGGAAAAGCGUCGUACACCUGCAUGGUGCGAUCGGAUUUUAUGGUAUGGGGAAGGCCUUCAUCAGCAAUCCUAUGUCCGUGGUGAGUCAAGGUUCUCGGACCACAGACCGGUUUAUGGCAUUUUCUAUGCUGAGGUAGAAUCGAGCCAUACACGGUUAAGGAAAAGCACAAGCUAUACUAGUUCGAGAGUUCAGGUCGAGGAACUACUUCCAUAUUCGCAUGGAUACACUGAAUUAAACUUUUUCUGAAUGACGAUGGAACAGCGACUAAUACCAGGCACAAUACUGGAGCUUUAUCAUAUUCCUUGUCUUGUUGGGGGGCCUAAAGUUACAACGGUCGGGCAGCUGUUUCAGAAACAUGAAGGAUACAUUUUUUCUAAAGAGGAUCUGAAUUUUGCUCAUCUUUUGGAGAUUUGAGCAUUUGGAGCGUCUAUGGUGAAGUCACCUGAAAUCACUUCUUCAAAAGAGGCGGAAAUCACUUGAAAGAGUCUCCUUGGAAGGAUGAUGGGGACCUUGCCUCACCCACUAACCGAAAAAGGCCUAAAUACUGCUAACUUUGCUAACCUACUCACGACGAUAAAAAAAACUACAUAGUCUUAGCUGCGGAGCUUACAGCUUCAGUACAUAUCAAAACAAAAGAUGCAAUUAAAAAGCCAUAUGACCGGUCGCAUAAUCUUCAGUGACAGCAGUUUUUGAACUCCACAAUGACUAGGAUAGGACUUCACCAGGCCAGAGUUGCAAGUUCCAGACCAAAGAUUAUUUGAUUCUUUAUUCUAAUUUCUUCAGGAGAUUAUUUUUUUAACCCUUUUGUGAAUUUAAAGAGAAGGAAGAACGGGAAAACACAAUCAUUUGGGUACUCCCCCUUUUUGUUUUAAAUGCAUAUAGAAGUGAAGCAUUUGAUGAUUUUUGUAAGGUUCUUCAUUAUUAAAAGUGAUGGAGGAUCAUAGAGAAAAGAAGGAAAAUGGAAAGAAAAAGCUGAAACGCUCUUGUUCUUAUGCUUGUCUUGUUGCUGAUGAUUAUACUGAAAAGGCAGUUUUCUUGAUCA